GAUCAAACAAAAGUGGAGUUAACACAUUUCCUAUGUUCCGAAACAAUUGGAUUGUGGAUUUACACAAGUUUUCUUGAGCAGGCUAUGCACUGAACUUGUCUUACUUCAUUCUGGUAGUGAAUACAAAAAACAUCGACUCCAUUAAAGAUCAACCCUUUAAGGAUGUACAAAACGCGACCUUGGGCGAACCCAAAUCCCCGCUCGAGCUGUGAACAGCGUCUAACAACAUUACAAAAAUGUUGCGCAUUUGCAGAAAAAAGCAAGAGUCUGUUUGGUGACGAGGGAGAAGCAAAGGAGGAAAAGUACGUUGUUCUGAGAAAGUAUAUUCAACCAGUGAAGCUCCUACAGAGGACUAUCUGGGGCAACUAUUUUACUGAUUGUACCGUCUAUGUGGAGGGUCGAGCCUUUCGGUGCCACUCGCUAGUGCUUUGCCUCUACUCGCAGUACCUUGCUUCACAACUAACCGAAGAUGGACUUGUGAUUAAGUCACCGUAUGUCACGGCAAAGGGUUUUAACGAAGCGUAUCAAUGGAUGACUGCAGAACGUUGCCGUGUGGAUCUUAAUGACCUUUGCGACGUUUUCAGAGCCGCAUACCAUCUGAAAAUAACCGAAUUGCUUGAGUAUUGCUGGAAACUGCUGGAUAGCUAUUUGUACACUGAAUUCUCAGCGUUUUACUUCCUUUACGAAACACGUCGUGCCCAUGAGCUGACGAGCAUUCACCAACUGCUCGUGGGACGUAUAUCCAAAUCAUUUACCACAAUUUCAUCAAGUCGGGAAUUUCUGUGCCUCAGUGAGAUGCAGAUUUGCAUGUUGCUAUCGUCAAACAGUUUGGCAGUCAACUCGGAAAUGGAGGUUUUUUAUAGCGCUCUGAUGUGGCUUCGUCAUUUAUGGCCAAGCCGCCGUUCGAGCGUAUAUAAAGUUUUGAGUCAAAUUCGUUUUGGGUACAUGACACCCACCAUGUUGAGCAAGUUCAAGUCGCUGGAAAAGCAUCUAGUUGGUCCUUUUAAUGAAAUUCUAAGCGAGUUUAACAAGAACCCCAACGUUGCACCCCUCAUUCGGGAUGGACUAUUUUACAGCACCUUGAUAAUAACAAGCGCCAAUAACCCAAGUUACCUCAAAGAAAAUAUAGAGUACAAUUCGAUCAAGUUGAUCGAUCCUCGUCUGUGGGUACGCGACCUUAAUUGCAAAUAUCAUUGUGGCGUUAACGAAAUGUGUCCAAAUAUGCGUUUUGUGCCAUUUGGAAAAUUCAAAGCCUACCUAAAACAACUGCAAGGCGGCAAACAGGAUUACGACAAGAGCAUCAAGCUUCCUGGUGAAAAGGAACAGGAUGUGCCGGCAGAACCUGAAGAUGCUGAUUCAAAGCUUGAGAGAAUAGCUAAAAAACGAGCUUUCGUUGCAAUGCUAAAACAAAUGGAUCUUGUGGAAUGCAUAGAAACUAUGAACGAAAUGUUAGCCCAUAAAAAUAAUUCAACAGAGACAUCUGAAGAAACGUCUCAUGAGGAAUCAAGCCUAUAAAACAUCUUAGAAAAUGCAUCAUUAUUAGAAAUUUAUCAAGGGAUGGAAAUUGAGCAACCGGGAUUGCAAGUGUUCAUAUAUCAUUUAUAAUCUAUUUAUAACAUUUAUUAAUGAUUCAGAAAGAGAACACAUUAUUUAUAAAAAAAAAACACCAGUACACAUUAUUGAUUG